CCUCCUCCAGCCCCUGCGCCCUGCAUUGCCAGGACAAAGGUUAUGGGGUGCUGCGCUAUGCAGUAUGUGUCCAAGUGGAACCCGAGGACCCAGUGUGUCUAUGGAGGAAGAUGUAUCCUGACCUCCAAGCAAGAGGUGCCUGGGAAGAACUUUGCUGAAACAUUGCCUGUGGAAGUGAGCUUGAAGAUCUUCAGCAAACUGGAUGUGCAGAGCCUGUGUGUCGCUGCCAUGACCUGCAAACUGUGGCGUGGCAUCAUCAAUAGUAGUGACCACCUGUGGAGGAGCCACUGCUUGACAGUGCGAGCGAUCUGUCAGAGGGAGAUAGACAGAGACAGGGGCAGUGGCUAUUCUUGGAAGGUUACCCUCGUGCGGAAUUACCAUAAAGGCUGUGUGAAGAAACAAUGGCUCUGUGGACGAUAUAGCAACAUCAGGUGUGCAGAAGAGCUCCUGGACAGGAGCAUGUGCGACCUGGAUGCAGAAACUUGGGGGGAAAUUCUGGAAGCAGAGAUGGAAAGAUAAUGUAAACGUUUCAAUGGAUGCACGGCACAAAUAAUGCCGAAGGAUCUACUGGAAG